CAGCAGGCAGGCACCGUACAUACACACGCAAACGCGCGCGCACAUACACUCACCGAGGGCGACUGCGCCUUUAAGACCCGCAAACUACCAGCCUAAAUCAGCCUCGGUGUCAAUGUUCCAGCGAUGAAUUUACUCGAUAUGGUUUUGGUCAAACUCUUAUUGUUGUUGUACUGUUUAGGCGACACCAAAGGUCAAAAUGGGAGAUCCUUGAAUAAAUACAUUAAGUAUUACGAAGGACUGUCCUACAAUACAAACAUCUUGCACCACAGACACCAGAGGGCUAAAAGAGCUGUGUCCCAUGAGGAUCAGUUCCUUCACCUGGACUUCCACGCUCAUGGCCGGCAUUUUAAGCUCCGUAUGAAGAGGGACACAUCUUUGUUCUCAUCUGAUUUUAAGGUGGAAGUUUCAGGAAAAGAGAUCCCCUAUGACACAUCUCACAUUUACUCUGGAGAACUUUACGGUGAGAAGGGCACUCUUACCCACGGCUCUAUCAUAGAUGGGAAGUUUGAAGGUUUUAUUAACAGUCAUCAAGGCACGUACUACGUAGAGCCCUCAGAGAGAUACCUCAAAGACAAGAAUGUGCCCUACCACUCAGUCAUCUACCACGAAGAUGACAUUGAUUAUCCACAUAAGUAUGGAGCAGAGGGUGGCUGUGCAGACCACUCCGUGUUUGAAAGGAUGAAGAAGUACCAGGCAUCUGCAGUGGAGGAACCCAGCCAGCAGCAGACAAGACGUUUCAUCGAUGAAGAGAGUGCUGACGGUCCGGUUAUCCUGAGGAAUCGUCGUGCGGCACAGGCAGAGAAAAACACCUGUCAACUCUUCAUACAGACAGAUCACCUCUUUUUCGAGCGCUACCGCAGCCGAGAGGCUGUGAUCGCACAGAUUUCAAGUCAUGUGAAGGCAAUUGACUCCAUCUAUCAAGCCACCGACUUUAAAGGCAUCCGCAACAUCAGCUUCAUGGUGAAGAGAAUCAGGAUCAACACAACUGAUGACUCCAGGGAUCCCAGUAACCCUUUUCGGUUUAAGAACAUCGGCGUGGAGAAGUUUCUCGAGCUCAACUCUGAGCAGAAUCACAACGACUACUGCCUAGCAUAUGUGUUCACAGACCGAGACUUUGACGAUGGAGUAUUGGGGCUGGCCUGGGUCGGAGCUCCUUCAGGAAGCUCUGGUGGGAUCUGUGAGUUGAAUAAGAAGUACUCUGAUGGUAAGGAGAAGUCUCUGAACACCGGCAUCAUCACAGUGCAGAACUACGCUUCACAUGUUCCCCCUAAAGUCUCUCACAUCACCUUUGCUCACGAGGUCGGACACAACUUUGGCUCUCCGCAUGACUCAGGAAUUGAAUGCACUCCAGGAGAGUCAAAGAAUCAAAAUGAUAAAGAGAGCGGCAACUUCAUCAUGUACGCCAGAGCCACAUCAGGAGACAAGUCCAACAACAACAAGUUCUCAGAUUGCAGCAAACGCAACAUCAGCCAGGUGUUGAAAAGCAAGAGAAGCUGCUUCGUCGAGUCUGGGCAGCCUAUCUGUGGUAAUGGUUUGGUUGAGGCUAAUGAGCAAUGUGACUGUGGAUACAGCGACCAGUGCAAAGAUCAGUGCUGUUAUAGUGCCGAUGAGCCAGACGGGAAAAAGUGCAAACUGAAAAUGGGUAGCUGCAGUCCCAGUCAAGGUCCAUGCUGCACAUCUGAUUGUAACUUUAAGAGUACCAAUGUGAAGUGUCGGGAUGAAACUGAGUGUGCUCUUCAGGGCAUGUGUGAUGGAAGAACAGCUCAAUGCCCCACCUCACCACCCAAAGAUGACAAGACAGCCUGCCACAAUAAUACACAAGUCUGCAUUAAGGGAAGUUGUUCUGGCUCCAUCUGUCAGAAGUAUGAUCUAGAGGUUUGCACGUGUGCCAGUAAGGAUGGGAAGGAUGAUACAGAAACGUGUCAUGUGUGCUGUAUGGACAAGGGUCAGCCUGAUACUUGCAGCAGCACUGGUUCAGAAAAAUGGUCUAAACAUUUUAAUAAAGUGACCAUUACGUUGCAGCCCGGCUCCCCUUGUAAUGAUUUCAAAGGUUACUGUGAUGUCUUUAAGAAGUGUAGGCUGGUGGAUGCUGAUGGCCCCCUUGCCAGACUUAAGAAGGCCAUCUUUAACCCUGAGCUUUACAAAGGCAUCGCACAGUGGAUAGUGGGGCACUGGUGGGCUGUGCUGUUAAUGGGAAUUGCUCUCAUCAUGCUGAUGGCCGGAUUCAUCAAGAUCUGCAGUGUGCAUACGCCAAGUAGUAACCCUAAAUUGCCCCCACCCAGACCACUGCCAGGCACACUGAAGAGAAGUAGACCCCAGAACCCCAAUGCACAGACCCAGCAACAGCGCCACCCUCGGCAGCAGAGAGAGAACUACCAGAUGGGUCAGUUGCGACGCUGAUCCCGCCUUCUCAUUGCCUUGGUUCUUUCUAGUGCCUACAGUGGGAAACACUUUACUCCAAAGAGUUACCUGAAUCAAUAACGAGCCCUAUCUAUAAGAUAAGAAACUGGCAGAAAUACACCACCUGGACGUCAAAGCAUUAUUCUUAGGAAGUUUAAACGCAUUGUAUAAAACCACUACUCUGGGAACCAGCAAAGCUUUUUUUGCAUAACUCAGAGAAAUUUCAGAAGCUAGUGAUGAGAAAGAGACACAGAUUUUUCUUGCUUUUCAGUUUUGUUUAUUUCAAACAUUGUUCUCUCGUCUAAAUGUUUCCCCAUAAUAGAUUUUAUUUCACUUUUUACACCUUUGUCUGAAGACAAGCAUUUUGGGAAAUCACAUGGCUAAAAGAAACCUUUGAAGAGACAUAUAUUCCUUCAAUGUUUAACUGAGAUAUUUUGAAAAUGCAAAAAGCUUUUUGUAUUAAAGCAUGCUUACUCUCCCUGUGCCCCUGCAGUUGUACAGAUAUAUGAGAUAUGUGAUGCUGUUGGAUAAUGAUAAUUAAGGAUGGAUUUAAUUACGAUUUUUUAUUAGAUGCUCUUUGGACUAUGUGUUAAUACGAACCAUUUUCACCUGGUUGGUUUUUAUUUUUAAAGUUUCUUCUUUGGUUUUUAAAAAAAUAGCUGCAUUGUUGCAUUCCAUGUUGGUGAGAGUAAAAUACGUUUUGGGUAUAAAAGGAUGCUUUCAAUUUAUUGUCACUAUGUAUUGCCACAUGGAGACAGACUUCAGAGAAGAGAAGCACAACAUCACGGAGAACGAUUUGUUUUCUUUUAACAUCAAAUAUUUUUUUGCAAUAAGGGCAUUGUGCAUUGGUCUCUCAGUGGUGAACACAUGAAACGGAGAGGUGAGAAGCCGACAAACUCUGAACACAUGCCAAUCAAUAUUUACACAAAAUAACCUUUCUAAAUCUCUUGAGUCAUUACCUAUAGUAUAACUGACAAAAAGAGAAAGUCCAACCUAACACCACCUUUAAUUCAGUAACGGCCAUAUCAAUUAAUAUUGUCUAUUGCUGGUUUUCCAGGCAGAUUUGUAGGCUGAAAACACUAUUGUCUGGUCGAAGAUCCGUCAGUCAGUCCUAAACUUGGGACAUUUGCUCAUUCAUUGGCUCUGCUCUUUGUAUGUCUCCAACAAUGCGGUUUCAAAAAUAUUUUUGUAUCCUCCUACUCUCCCUAAAUGCGCUUUAAGAGUUUUCCUUGUCUUGUGUGGGUCUUACAAAGGCAGAGGGUUUUGAACCAUACAUGUAUUUAACACAUUAAGUACUUCACAAAGAGGUUGUAUUUCAAUUUUGUACCUCAAUAAUAAAAAUCCUGUUUGAGUUUUAAA